AGAUGCAAGCACUGCUACUGAGGCAUUGAGGAGGACGCACUGCAUGAAAGCAUCACCUUGGGGCAUAGAGCUUUGAUAAAACAAAUAUCUAGAUUUGUAGAUUUUCCCACCUGCUGCUGCCACAACACAAACUUACAAUGCCAUUGCUUGGUCCUUCCUUCUUUAUCCUCGGUUUGGUUAUGGCUUCUGCCAUGGUAAAUGAGACUACAACAAAAACAGAAUCUCCUACAGUUUCACUGGAAGUAGAUAAUACCACCAGUACCACUACCAAUAUCUCCAGCACCACUGCCAAAACAAACGUCAGUGGCAUCACCAAUAUCUCCAGCACCACUGCCAAAACAAACAUCAAUGGCAUCACCAGUAUCUCCAGCACCACCAGUAGUAUCAUCACCAAUAACAACACCACUGUCAUAUCCCUCAACAACAAAGCAGAAGGGUGGCAAUACCUCCCAAAGGUCAGUAACACCUGUGACCACACCUGCACCCAUUAGUCCUACUAAAAGAGUAACAUCUGCUGGCACUACAACCAAAGACACCACUCGAAAGUCAAGUACUGCAGGAGGGGACAUCAUUGGUAUUAUCAUCUUCAUUGUGAUCAUCAUUCUGGUGCUUGUAUUUGGAAUUUCUUGCUACAUCACACGGAGGAGAGGAAGAGUAAGUGGACGCUACUCUGUUGACUUCACUGCCAGACCAGAUGAAGCCAACAUCCCUCUCAGCACUAUUGAUCCUGAUUUGCCGGGUGAUACUGUUCCUCAGAAUGGUCUGCAAACCUUUGAAAGUGUCGAACCUACUACAAAAGAGCCACAAGAACCAGAGGCGAAACCUGAAGUACAAGAGGAGCAGACAACUGAGGCCGAUAAACCUGUUGUCGAUCCCAGUGCUGAGUCUGCAGCUCCAGCUCCUUCUCCAGACAGCUCUGAGGACAAACCCAAAGAGGACGUUGUUGAGCAGAGCCCUCCUGCACCUGUGCAACCGAGCACGGAGGAGAAAACUGAUGACGAAGGCGCUGUCUCCAACAAGACCUCAGUGGAAUCGCUGAAGGAGGCAAAUGGGAACAACAGCAACAAUGCUGACUUAAGUCUGAAGAGAGAUCUGGAGUCAGGCUACAUCUUCUUGGAUAUUCCACUCGACUCUCAAGUGUGAUAUUCGCCUCGUUGCCCCCAUCCUCCACCUCAAAAACAUGAUUGAAGAAGAGACCCAUAAACUCAAGCCACUGGAGGACACUUCUCUUCAUGCUGUGUGAGAAACUCAAUUGGCUUCUUGUCGGAAACUAAUUUGUUGUAGCACAGCAGCUUUAACCAAAUUAAAUGUCAUCUGAGCUCAGCUUAUUAGUGAUUUUAUUAGGUAAGGUACACAUAUUGAAGAUUUUUAGAUCAUUAUUAAUGACCUUAUUGAUGGUUGUUGUAUUGCAGUAUUGGUAUAAAUACAAGCAGUGGCAGCUUUUAUUCAUUGCCACUUCCUCUGAUAUCCUCAAAAGUAGGCUUGCAACCUGGCAACCUUAAAACUGCUUUUUACACAUUACAACAAGAUAUAUCUGAAGGUUUUUUUUCACAUAAGAGUAUUUUUGGUAUGGAUUUGUAUAGUAAAAAUAAUAUAUAAAUAAACAAGACAGUAUAUGAUGACAGAUUUUAAAUCAGUGUUCUUGUAUAAAUUUAUGAAAUGUAUCAGUUUUAUUUUUGUAGAUGGCAUUUUGCUUUUUCAUGCUCUUACCAUUCAGUAGUAUAAAGUUUCCGUUAUGCUGAGAAAUUGCUAUGAUGUGAAUAUAAUGAUUAUACUAAAUAAAAGUACUCUGACUUUU